GUUUAACAAUGUUCAAAGUUGGUUUUGGGAUAUACGCCAAAAAAAAAAUACAAUAAUACUCAAAUCGCUCAAUGCAGUAAAUUAGUGCAAAGAGUUGUCUCAUGUUCCGUAUAUAGAUCGACGCAAAGUACAGUUUUAAGAAGCAAAGAUUUUAGUGCAGAUAUAAAUGGAGUCUUCAACUAGCGCAAAACUUCUAAGCAGUAAUGAACGCAGCAAGUUCCGUGAAGCAACUGUUGACCUCAUUGCAGGAUCACUUGGUGGGGCGGCCAAUGUUUUUGUUGGACAGUCACUCGACACAGUGAAAGUGAAAAUGCAAACAUUCCCAACUUUAUAUAACAACAUGUUUAGUUGUUUCAAAACAACGUUUGCAAAAGAUGGAAUUAGAGGUCUUUAUGCAGGAACGGUACCAGCUUUGGCAGCUAAUAUUGCAGAAAACUCGGUUCUCUUUGCUGGGUAUGGGGUUUGCCAAAAAGCUGUAGCUUGGGCCAUUGACAUACCUAAAGUGCAAGAUCUUAGCCCAUUGGCUAAUGCAUCUGCUGGCUUCUUUGCAGCAUUCUUCUCUUCACUUACUUUGUGUCCCACAGAGUUAGUUAAAUGCAGGUUGCAAGCACUUCAGGAAACACAAGGCUUGGCAAAUGGAAAAUCUAAGGCAAAAUCUGUAGGCCCGUGGACAAUAACAAGGGAAAUUAUAAAAAAUGAAGGAUUUAAAGGAAUGUUUCGUGGCCUUGUUCCUACUUUUGCAAGAGAAAUGCCAGGAUACUUUUGUUUCUUUGGUGGUUACGAGCUGUGCCGGCAUCUUCUCACUCCACCUGGCAAAACCAAAGACGAAAUAGGAGCCGUUAGAACAAUUGUUUGUGGUGGUGUUGGCGGAAUUUCUUUAUGGGUUGCAAUUUUCCCGUUUGAUGUUAUAAAGAGCCGCGUACAAGUCAGCCAAGCAGCAUCCCAGCCUAUGAUGAAAAUGCUCUUCCACAUUGCCCGGACGGAAGGUGUAAUGGCCCUGUACAAUGGAUUAGGUCCGACAAUAAUUAGGACGUUUCCUGGCACCGGAGCCUUAUUUUUGGCCUAUGAAACUAGCCGUAAAUUUAUGAACGAAUUCUGUGACAAAUUUUAGAGGAACUGAUCAAAAUAAUACAUGUAAGAAUAAGC